CACAACGAGAAACGUCGUAUGCUGAUGGAGCACGAGUCCAUCAAGCUGAAGUCGCUGGAGGAACAAUACCAAGCCGAGCUCAGGGAGUGGAAGCACUCGCUUAAACCGCGCAAACAGAAACUGGAGGACGACUUUGCGGCGGAGCUGGAGGAGCAGGCGCAGUUUUACACUGGCUCGGUGGGCGCCGGCGGCUACACGGCGCCGCUGACGGACCGCAGCAGCAGCCUGAGCCGGGCCAGCACGGCCAGCUACUGGUCCCAGUGAGACGAGGGCAGCGCCCGCAGUGAUCUGACCGAGCGAUGAGCGCCGCCGCCGUCCGCGACACAGAGUAUUUUUGGACCGCGCCGCCAACGGCUGCGUGUGUAUGUGAUGAAGUGCCGGUCUGCCCCGCGCCGAUCUGUUUUAUAGGUGACCGUCGACAAUACGUCUAUCGAUCUGACUGGGUGGAGUUUUAUUUUUCUGACGGCGUGCCGCCCGUUCCACCUGUUGACUGUGUAUCAUAUGCGUUGUAUUCAGGGGGGGGGGGGGGAGGGAUAGGACCGUGCUCUGACCAAGGCGUGUGUGCGUGGUGAGUGGGAGGGCCUCCUCUAUUUAAUGACGUCCUCGUGCUGUCUGUACGCGCAGUGUACGGGUUAGUCGGGCAUCUGUGAUCGCCCUCGGUCGGCGCUGGCCCACAUUCCGGGUGCUGCGCGCCGUCCAGUGUUCACCGGGAACCUGCCUUACUGGCCCGCUCUCACCACCGCCUUCUCACACAGAGUAUCGAUAACACGCGGGACCCGGCGCCACCAGUGGCAGCCGCCGUGGCAUCCGUAGAGUUCCAGGCUUUAUACUCGUAUAUAUUUUCGUGUCACAAACACGGUGGUAGUCCAUCUGCCGUGUAGGAUCAGACGGUUUCCAUGUGCUGUUCUGUACCUGGUACGUACCAUGUUAUUGCGACUCGUCAAUAAAACGGUUACAUACAUUUA